CUUCCCUCUUACAGCCUGGGGGCUCGCGAGCUGGAUUUCCAAAAACCCACGUGCAUAGCGGAGAAGUUGCCCGCUGCUGCAUGUCGUUGAUGCCGCCACAGGGUGCUGGAAGGUGCCUGGACCCCGGCUUCCAUUGCUGGCCAAUUGAUACUAGAGAUGUGGAAAUAAGGCAUAGACGCUUGCAUGACGACUUGCCCCAGCUUCUCCACACUCGCCUCCCCAUGGGGUCACAGCCGUGCCAGGGGAGUGGCCUGCGCAAAGUGCCUGCAUGCCUGCGGCACAGUAGCUCCACAACUCGCAAACAAGACUAUCAACGCGCGAAGGUAUCGACAACUCGCACCUCCCGUCACAAAUCGAUUGCGCCUGUGUCAUGCUCCACAACUCUUUCAACGAACUUCUUCCCAAUCCUCCACCAUGGACGUGUUUACCCUCCGCGGCCUGUCAUAUUGUGUGUAUGGAUACGAUGCCGGCGUCCUGGGUGGCAUGCCCCUCCGCAAGCCUUUUGUCGAGCGGGAAUCCAUGCGAGCUUGUCGUACAAGCAGUUUUUGAGCGCCCGCGGGGAUAUACGAAGGAAGAGUCUUCGUGCGUCUGAUCUCGAAGUUGAUCUCAUUGCUACCCGACUUCCUAUUCAUCUUGUCAAUAACCCUCGCAACUCAUCCUUCCUUCCUCCCUCCUCGCUCAUCGUUACGGUGUUCGAACCCCGCCACGAUCGCUUUAGCGAUUGCGGCCCUCACCUCGCCAGUGUUGGCGCAGAUCACCCAGGACACCGCCGUGGUGAACCUCGCCAAUACCAAUGGCGCUCCCGCCCACUUCGAAUCAAGUAGGCACCGUGCAGCGAUGACUGGGUCGCAUCUCUUGGGUCUCGAAUGGGCGGAUGAGGGAAGGAAGAUGCAGCGAGGGGGGAGUUCCAAUCUGCUGCCUCGUAACAGGCUUCGAUAGCUGUAUGUAGGAAAUCCAAUCCAAUCUCUCCGAAAUCUGCAAUCCCGCCGCGCCGUCCGAUCACCCCCUCUCUCUGUCGUCUCGCCCUUGUAGCUUGCUCCACUUCGUUCGAUGUUGCCGCUGUACUUCCAUCACGGCUUCGCCAGCGCGUUUGGCGAGUCGCUCACGUGGCAGCUGGAACCAGCAAGUAUGCCGAGUGCGGGGAUCGCCAGCCUUGUCGGCUAACUUGCCAGCUCGUCG